GGGUAUAAAUAAGACUUGCUGAAUUCGCUUCAAUAGUGUCAUUCUCAUACUAAACUCGGUUAGAAUAACACUUGCAGUUUCUCAGAUUACCAGAAUGUCUAUCCGAUUAGCUAUUUUUGCGUCUUUGAUGGUGAUUGGAGUUUUCUCCGACCCGGAUCCCAACUAUAAACCACCUGCGUACGGUGCCCAGCCCAGAUACGAGUUCGUUGAAAUCCCACACUGCGCUAAAAACACAACCAAAUCUUGGUGCGCGGAAGACUCUGAAUAUCCCCAAAAUGAAGUGCAACAAGCCCUCGAUUACCACUACCAGGCUGUCGUCGCUUUCUACAAGGACAAACUGGCCAACACUGAGAACUCUGUCGACGGACUGGCCAAGUUGAAUGACGAGGUUUACCUUUGCCCGAGUUCCACCGACUACGUCCGUCCUUUCCGGGCCAUCAACGUCGACGGCAAGUGGCGGACCAUCGUCAACGGCGUCGAGUCUUACGGCAUCAAGUACACGCAAACUGCUCGAAUUGAAGAAUGCGACGUGGUUGUGGGAACCACCUGCCCCUUGGUCCCGUCCUGCUACGAGUCCAAAUGCGUCCAGAAAAAUAUUUUCCACCGCUUUUUGGUCUACAACCCACUAGACUAUGCUUUCCCUUUCGCCAUUGAAAAAUUCAAGUUGCCUGGAUCGUGCGCUUGCAUCGUUGGAGCUUUCCGCCUUUAAAAACAAAUUUUCUUAUUAGUAGCGUAACGUCUUAUUGAUUAGCAAUGAUCACAUUAUUUUGAAAGAAAACGUUUAAAUUAUAGUGCGUGUCCUUAAAUUUAAAUAAAUAAAAUCCUAACGCAAAUAAAAACGUUUGAAGGAUUUAUUGGUCUAA